AUGUCAUCGUCCACGUGCUUUGAUAAUCACAAUAUAACCUCCUCCUCCUCCGGUAGCUACUAUGAGUCAACUGCAGUCGCAGGCGAACCCUUGACUUCCUACCAUCAUCACCAUCAGCAGCAGCAUCAUCAUCACCCGCUCUCUACUUCUGCGCUGAUGUGCUCAACUAUUGGUGGUGGUACCAACGGAAUCGUUAUCCCCGCCUCUCAACCACCACUGACGCAAUCUCUGGAUAUCAGUGUGCUUGAUAGCGACGCUUUUCCUUCGCCAGAGCAGGAGGGUCGUCGAGACAGCUUUAGUAUGGCUGUUGACCUUCUAUCGCGUUUGGAAAAGCGUCCCUCAGAUACUUCAUCGUGCAAUUCAACCGCAUCGCCCCCUGUCAUCCAAGUGGCAUCCGCAUGGAACAAUUCAGUCUCUCCACCUCCUUCUAAAAGCGCCAAAUUUGAUCCCUCCUCCACGACUGUUGCCACCUCCUCUACAACUCCCGGACCUGCUUUCUACGUGCCGAUAGCAGAAAAGGAUCUCCAAUUACUUACAGAGCCAAGCAUGGUCAACUAUGUGACCGAUGCUGCCACAGAGGACCAGCUGGUUCGAGAGCAGUAUUCCCCAAGCUGA